AUGAUGGCUCUCACAAAGCUCUUUACCAUCCUAACCUUUACCAACAUGCAUCUCUGCCACUCCAUCAACGUUUGGUUCGGCUGCUUGUGGAUUGUUGCAAUCCUUCUUGGUUUGUCUGAAAGUCACGGCAGAAUUCUCGAUACAGAUGAUGCAUCCAAUGAUUCCGGAACAACGCCCGUCGCAUACAAUCGACGGUCUUUCAUCAUUCAUGGAAAACCUACCUUACUGCUUUCAGGCUCAAUUCAUUAUACUCGCAUUCCUCCAUCUGACUGGAACAAUGUAUUUCAAAUGGCCAAGGAGCUUGGCUUAAAUUGCAUACAAACUCUUGUCAUUUGGUCAGAGCAUGAGCCGGAGCCAAACAAAUUCAACUGGGAAGGAUAUGGCGAUCUCGUAAAAUUCAUUGAUCUUGCUGCUGCACAUGAUCUAUAUGUAGUGGUCAGAAUUGGACCUUACAUCUGUGGAGAAUACUACUUUGGUGGCAUUCCUUUAUGGAUGCGCCAUGUGACCGACGACGAGGAUGGACGAGAGAUUGGAUGCUUUCGCUGUUCCGAUGCUCUGUGGGAACGGGAAAUGAAACGCUGGGUAUCUAUAGUGGUAAACAAACUCAGGCCUCAGCUUGCAUCCAAUGGUGGGCCAAUCAUCUGGAUGCAGGUGGAAAACGAAUACGACCCCGAUGAUGCCUACUUGGAAUGGGCUGUGGACAUGGCUCGCAACGUUACAACCGAAAUACCAUGGAGCCUGUGUGGUCAUAAUAUCAACGAAUGUAACAAACUCAAUGGACAUGGCAAAGAUUCCACGACAAUCAACAACAAUGGGCAGACGAACAAAGUAGUGUGCACAGUAAAUGGAUUCUGGUCGGAGGCGGGUGUUGGGGUCUCACAACCAGGUCCCGUAUUCUUUGAUAAGCUCUGGUCAGGUAAUCCAACGCAACCUGCUGCCUGGACGGAAGAUCAAGGUUGGUUUGACAUUUGGGGGUAUGGCCGUCGCGUAAGAUGGACAUCCGACGUGCUCUACGGCAUAGCUCGAUUCCUGGCGUAUGGGGGCUCCUACCACAACUUCUAUAUGCUGAGCGGGGGCAACAAUUAUGGCCUCAGGGCAGGCCGAGAUGCAACCACUGCCUAUGCUGCCGAUACAGCAAUUGACAACCUACUAUUGCGACACGAACCUCGGUUCUCAUCCCUUCAAGCACUCUUUGCCGUGAUUCGAUCGAUUGAAAAGGAGCUGCUGCAACAAUCUGUGCCAGUCAAGCCUGUACCCCUGAAACGGACACAUGGAAGCAGAAACAACAACAGCACAGCAGAGACACACGAGUAUGGAAAGAUUGCAUUCCUUUCAAACUACGGAGAGACAGCAUUGGAAAGUGGCACCUUUGACUACAAGGGGCAUUCCUAUUCUAUUCCUAAUCACACCGUGGUGCUACUGGAUACAUCAUCCCACAAAGUGCUCUUCAAUACAAGCGCAUCUUCGGUGGUUGAUAAAGACCAAAAUCUUCUUCGUCAGGAGGGGCCAGAGGAGACUGCACUCGAGCCAAUUCCCCUCACAAAUUGGGUGUCCUUUCAGGAACAGGUCGCCUACGGAGCCAUCAGGCGCUCCCAGGAGGAGUCACCUGAACAAUUGAACAUUACCAAAAACAAAAGCGACUACUUGUGGUAUAGCUUUCAGACUGAACAUGCGGGGAAGAUAUCAGUCGAGGCCAUUGGCUACGGUGGGUACCAGUACGUGUACGUCAAUGGAAGACUUUCUGAUACUGUCACAACAGCAGGGGUUGUUGGCGCAGAAGGCAACACAUCGUCUUUAUCGGAGAGACAGUUGCUGCGAGUUCACAAGAAUGGCCACAAAAAGAGAAAGGUUGAUAUCUUUUCUGUGGCAAUGGGCCUGGCAAAUCAAAAGAAGCGAGUGGAUAUUCUCUCGGUGGCGAUGGGCAUGUCCACCUCAGUCUCCCCGCAGACUGGUAAAGGAAUCAAGAGUGUAUCCGUGGGCAAAGGCAAUCCUCCUUAUACAACCUUUGCGACUGCUUGGAAGCUCAAGGGUGAGGAGCUGGAAAUCUACACCGAAAAAGGUGCCUCGCGUGUGCCGUGGGAACCCAUGUCAUCUUCCAUUCUAAAACCUACGGAUGGACUGAUGUGGCUCAAGGGUUCUUUUGAGGUGCCCAAGUCUCUGCUUCCCUUUGUCGGCGGUGCCCAGCCAAAUCAGACUGCGUUGGUGGUGAAUCUACAAGGCCUGAACAAAGGCAUGGCCUAUGUGAAUGGUUUUCAUCUUGGCCGAUACUGGUUAGUCAAAGGCGAGUGUGAUGGAGGAUGUGCACCGCCGAAGCACGGCCACCAUUGCUUUCUACACUGGGCGGGAUGUGGCAGACCCACGCAGCAUUUAUAUCACAUUCCCUUUGAAGUAUUGAAGGCAUCUGGCAAUACGCUGACAUUGUUUGAAGAAACAGAGUCACAGAAGAAGCGUAACCUGGACCAGGUUCACAUCAAGGUGGCACACAAUCAUAUUCCAUAA